AUGUCAGUAGAGAAGGAGGCUGCCCUCAACACGGCAGUGCCGACUCCCACCCUCCCCGAGGAGCCCACGAUAGCAGCGACAGCGUCGACGCGCCCACCACCCAAUGACCGUCUAAGCAUAGCCUUCAACUGGCGACUACCGCUCACCACCGUCCUCGCUUCCUUUGCUGGCUUUGGUCUUGGUCUCACUCACGGCGGUCAACUCGCUGGUCUCCGUUUCCGCGCCGAGAAUGCCCACCGUCUCCCUACCUCUCAAGUCGGUUGGUACCUCUACCACAAGUCCAAAAAUUACCACAUCAUGCUGGGCGGCAUCAAAGAAGGCUUUCGCAUGGGUGCUCGCCUUUCCUUCUGGACUGCCAUCUUCUUCGUCUUCGAGGAGGCUGUCGACAGAUUCAGAGGUGCUUUUGUGAGGAAUCUGGUUGGCUUCAAAGAGCGCAGAAGAGAAGAAAGACAAAAGAGAUUGAUGCGUGAUGAUGUCUAUGAGACCCCGGCCGAACAAGCUCUUGGUCUGGAACACUUGCACAACGAAAGAGGUGUUUGGGUACAGAGAGACUUCAUGAGCACUGUCGUUGCUGCUAUGGGCACUGCUGGCGGCUUCAGCGCCUGGAAUCGCUUCCCUGUCCAAACCGCUGCAAGGACUGCUACCAUGGGCUUGAAGUUUGGUCUUGUCUUUGGCCUCAUGCAAGAUGCUCUCAGCGUCGCUAGAGGAAGAAGAGUCGGCUAUGUCGAGUUCGUCAGGAGACAGCUCUUUGGCGUAAGAGAAGGGUCGCAAAAGAAGGUUCUAGCCUCACCCAUCUGA